AUGGGUCGGCUGCGAUCUCGUAACGGCUGCCUGACGUGCCGAAAACGUCGCGUGAAAUGUACGCCUCCAGGACAGGACGAAAUUGGUAGUACUGACUUCACAGGUGAUGAGACGAGACCGACUUGCGGGGUAUGCCUCAAGAGGGAUCAACUGUGUCGCUGGGACGAUCCAAGUCCUCGACUCAAAAUUAAGCAAUACCGGCCAAAGCAUGUGGAAGAUUCAGCCCCUAGUGAAUAUUCCUUCUAUCCUCCGGAACGAGAUAUUCCCUUGGCGGAAAGGGACUCGCCACCACUCCAUCCUCUACAGCAGCCGGAUUCCGUUUGGUGCCCCGAGACUCUCACGUCGCCGACUUCAGCGGCUUCAAUCCUCGACCUUAGUCAACAUGAAUCACCAAACCAGUACAGUGGUGACUUAACCACAAGAGUAUCUAGGAUGACCCCUGUCCCUCCUGCGCUUCAACGCCAGGAGGCUUUCUAUCUGCAUCACUUUUCCACGCACGUGGCUCAGUGGCUAGACUGCACAGAUGCAUCACGACAGUUUAUGCUCAAUGUGACCGUCCUGGCCAGGAGCUCACCCAUUCUUCUAUAUGCAAUCAUUUCUUAUGCCGCACGCCAUUUAGGUGACAACAAUUUAGCAGAUGAAUUCCAAGAAAAGUGCAUAGUGCUUCUCAUUCCCUUGCUAAGUACCGAGACCAUUGCCCACGAUGAGACUAUCCUAUGCGCCAUAGUCAUAUUGCGCGUUUGCGAACAACUUAGUGUAACUGUGACUGGCGGUGAUGAGGAGAGACAUCUUGCUGGGUUGAGUGCUCUGCUCAAGGCAUCUCAAGGACAACAGGUUGAUCCUUCGGCACCUACCCUCUCUCAAGCUGCGUUUUGGGUUUAUGUGAGACAAUCCUUUUACAAUGCUUGCAUCAAUCAGCAGCCACCCAACUUGAAUUUCGACUUGGUGUUGAUACCACCGCCAUCCGUCAUCCAUCAACAAGCUGUCGACGCCAAGGCAGAGACCGCCUGGGCAAAUACCAUGGCAUGGAUUUGCGCUACGGUGAUGCAAUUCUGUUUUGGUGGAAGUGUCUUGUAUCCAGAAUCAUCGACAAGGAUGCAAAGAUGGUACGAGCUAUCAGAGGCCGUUGAGAACUGGAACAAGACAAAACCAGGCACGUUUGAUCCAAUAUGGUCUGGAGAAACAGGGCUGGGAGCAGAUCCCUUUCCAGAAAUUUGGUUUACGGCAGAUUGGCAUGGUAGGCACAAAUUCCUCAACAAUUUCCCAUUGGCCCACGGAACCUGA